GUCACAUGAUCAUCGGAGGAAGAUGGCCGAUGGCGUGAUGUAAACAUACACUUUGGACUAGCAUCUGAGAUGCCAAUCAUGUCUAUAAAUGCGGUAGGUGAUUGAUGUGGUCAAGGCACGUGCAUAUUGUACAAUGGUUGACCCAAUUUUAAAAACAUAUGUCGACGGGAAGUGAUAUGGUGAGUGUUGGUAGCUCUCGGGAACAGAAAGCCAGGCAGGCCGGGACUGCAAUGUACGGCAGCAUUCACAACCAAAACAUGGCACCCAGACUGGAGAAUGAUCACAGUACCUAUGUUUAUGGAUCCGAGAGAAUCUCAACUCAUCGUUAUUCGCACUGCUCCACCAUUUCAUCUGUUCGUAGAACUUUCUGUCUCGUCGCACUGUUUGAUCUGUGUUUCUGCUUUAUUCUUUGGGUCAUCUAUACUCAGCUUACAGAUGGCAAUACAGUGUGGAAGGCAUUUGAACAGCAGGUUGCUAAUUAUCAUUUUGAAACAUCCUUGUUUGACACAGUGAUGGUAGCAGCAUUUCGAUUUGCCUUGAUAGAGCUGGGCUAUGCUUUAUUUAGACUGAAUCACUGGUGGCUUAUAGCUAUAUCCACAUCUUUAACAUGUAUAUUUUUAAUAGCCAAAGUAUUUCUUUUUGAGUUUAGUCACGAUGGUAAGCAGGAAAACCCUCUGAGCUACAUUCUUCUGUUAGCUUCAUUCAUCAUUACUUGGGUAGAAACCUGGUUUCUGGACUUUAAAGUUUUACCAACAGAGAAAAAGAUCUUACUCAAAGGGACACAUGGAGAAUCGAGUGAGAGGUCGAAUUUACUGCAGCAUGCAGAGGAAGCGAAUCGUGGACCUGAUGAAGAGAGGGAUAGGUACUACUCACCUGCAGGGUCAGAUGAUGAGAGUGACGUGGAAAGAUACCGCAGCAUUCCCUCUACCCGUACACACAGCCGAAAGGCAAGUCAAUCCUCCAUUAACGGUGUGACAGGCAGACAGGACCAAGAGUAUCUAAAGCUAGCAAAAGACACGAUGGAGAUGUUAUGGGAGUUGGUGAAUGAGAAAGGGUGGAGCACCGAAAAGAAGAGUGAGGAUGACGUCGUCAAAAGUGCUUACAUUAAAAAGCUGAAGAGGAAAAUAUACAAAUUAGAGUGUGUUUUGGAUAUUGGUGCACAGGAACUCUGGGAGGAAACCAUUGAACAUGUUAAUGAAUCACCAAGUUGGAAUCCAACUUUACUGGAAGCAAAAACACUUUUAGUUGUUGACGAGAAAACGGACCUCUCUUACAAUAUAGCUGCGGAGGCUGCUGGGGGCCUUGUAUCUGCUAGGGACUUUAUUAACUUGCGACACUGGGGAGAGAGGGAUCAAACUUUCUUUAUCGCAGUCAAUGGUGCCAGUUUUUCUGAAAUGCCUCCACAGAAAAAAUAUGUCAGGGGAGAAAGUGGUCCGGGAGGAAUGGUGUUUAAUCGGAUAGCCGGAGAACCCAAUAAAUGUCGACUGGACUGGUAUUUAAACACCAAUUUAAGGGGCUGGAUACCACAGGCUGUGAUUGACCAAGGACUGACCAGUGUACUUAUGGACUAUUGUAAAUAUCUCAGGGUACACAUACGGGAUUUAAAGAGCAGAAACAUUAGCUAAAUCUGUAUUGGAGGUGCAGAUGUACAACCUUUUUAGACUAUAUAUAUGGAACGCCAAGAGCAGUAACAUGAAGCAUUAUCAUUUUUUAGACAUUUAUUUAUUAAGUCAUCUUAAUGUCAAUGUUUUUAUGUAUGUUUUCCAUGUUUAGAUAUUGGAAAUUGUCAUCCUGUGAUGUGAAUAUUGAAUGGUGUAUAGAAUGAAGUUGGGAGGGGGGGGGGGGGUGCUUGUUUUCGUUGGGAAAAUCUGAACAGUAGUGAACAAGAAUGUGUAUAUGUAUACAUAAAAUAAAGUAAUUUCAAAUGCCGAUUUUUAAAACCAAAGUUUAUGCUAUAUUUUAGAGUACAUGUACUUGUGAAUUGCAAUAUCCCAUUUUUCCUUUAUGAAAUAUAUUCAAUCAUCAACAAACGUUGCCACGGGCGUACUCUCAUAUAAAGUGCGUUUACAUCAGGGCAAAUAACAUUUUUUCUUUCAUCAAAUGACAAAAUUAACAUAUUUUUAUUAUGAUUUUUAAAGAAUUCUUUACGUUUUUAAAGUUCAUUUAAAUCACUUGCUGUAAGAUAUGGACUAUUGCAUUUCUGCGGAAUGUGGAUCAAACAAAUAGACCCUCUGUCUACACAAUAUGUUGUGACUAAUCAGUACAUUUUUUUCUGAUUUUGAUUAUGUUAUGAUGGCAGUUUUAUAACCAUGUACAUGUACUUGAUUAAUACAGAUGUUUCAAUGUAUAUUGUAAGUACAUAAUUCUACUGGUUGUUCCUACCUACCUUAAUGGUAUAUGAUGAUUUUGUGUGUUAUAUAUGUAAAAUUGUUUGUACUGUAAUCUUUGAGAAAUUGAUACUCUUGAUAAUAAACUAGUUUCAACCCGUGCAAGCGCGGGGAAUAUUGAUA